UGGUCGGGUACAGUGACGUACGAUUUAUGGGUGGCUAUUGGAAAUGCCUGCUUGAAAAUAGUGAUUAAAGGCAAAACAGUCAGCUAUAGAAGGUAAAAUAAAACCCAAAUCACACAUUUUUUUGCAACAAUUUUAUACUAAUCAAUUAUUAUCGUUUUAUACAACCAUUUAACAAAGGAACUCUAUUUUUUUGCAUUCGUGCAAUAAUCCAGCUACUAUGGAUUUUUAUGCCAGGACCCUAAGAAGCACGUUGAAAUGUUUACGGUUGAAUCGCUGUUAGCUGGACGACUGUAAAAUUAAUUACUGAAUUUUUUAAUGGUAAAACACCGAAUGAGCAACAAACUAGGCCUUCGGAUAGAGCAGCUGAUGAUGAAAACUUUCGUAAGGCAGUAAUUUAAGCUAACCACCACAUUUCAGUUAGCUGUCGGUAACUUGGCAGGAAACUUUUCAGCCUUGACAUUAAAACAAACAUGGCUAGUCCAAUGGUAGUUCCUGUCAUUGAUGUCCAGAAUGACAAUUUUAAAGAGCUUUGGCCUGCUAUGGUAGUGGCCAUUAAAACGUCGUCCUUCGUAGCACUGGACACGGAGCUGAGUGGUCUUGGAAACAGGAAGGCCUUGCUGGCUGAAUCUAUAGAGGACAGAUAUAAAGCUAUAUGCCAUGCAGCUCGCUCUCGCUCCAUCCUCUCUUUGGGAUUCGCCUGCUUUAAGAAACAGGACCAGAAGGUUGCAGACACAUACCUGGUCCAGGUGUACAACCUCACCCUGCUGUGUUCAGAGGAGUACAUCAUAGAGCCCCAGUCAGUUCAGUUCCUGGUGCAGCAUGGAUUUGAUUUCAACAAGCAGUAUGGACACGGGAUCCCUUACUGCAAGGGCAAUAAUAGGGGAGGAUCAGAUGACCGCGGGGUCCACAUCCGAGCGUUGUUCACUGAACUGCUGCGAGCCAGAAAACCUCUGGUGCUCCACAACGGCCUCAUUGACAUGGCCUUCCUUUACCAGUGUUUUUAUGCUCAUCUGCCUGAGCGCUUGGCCACCUUCACAGCUGACCUGUCUGAGAUGUUUCCUGCUGGUAUUUAUGACACCAAGUACGUCACUGAAUUUGAGCUCCGACUCACUGCCUCCUAUCUGGAGUACGCCUUUAAGAAAUGUAAGCUGGAUAACAGCCGCAGUUUGACCUCCGGAGCACCUGGACCUCAUGUUCACAUUGAGUUCUGUCAGUAUGCUGGUCACAUGUCCACCUAUGUGGACUAUAAAGAGUGUCCAGAUGUUGCCUCUUCUGAGAGACAGACUGAAAUCUGCCAGCGCUUCUCUGCAUUUGGUUGGUGUCCCAAUGGUACUCAGUGUCCGUUAUCCCAUGACACGGACCUAAUCAUUCUUCAGGAUGAGAAAGGAAAGGAGGACAAAAGGAAAAAGAGGAAGAGACAGAGAGAUAAGAGGAAAGGAGGAGGAGGAGAGAUAACAGAGAGUUCCUCCAUCUUUCAUGGUGCCCCGCAAAACAAGAUACCCCAUAUGGACGUGGAUCAAGAAGAAACAUCAGGUGACCACCAUGAGGAAACUGCUGAGUCGUGCCCUGACAGCGCGGCAGUAAUGGAUAGUGAUGGAACCAUCCAACAGACUGAAGGAGAAAGCAUGACGGCUGACAACGACGAGAACGAAAUGCGCAAAGACAAUUCAGACUCGAGAAACUCUGCAACAAGUGAUGACGGCUCAAACGCCAAGAAUGGUGCAGAAAACAGAACAGGAGAAGCAGCAAGAGAAAAGUUCACUGACGCUCUGAAGAAGAAGGUUGAUGCAGGAACACAUCGGGCAGGAUUUGAUGCCUUUAUGACCGGAUACAUCUUUGCCUGCUCUUGUACGCUCACCAAGAAAGAAGAAGCAGCAGCAGCAGAGGAGAAGGAGCAGAAGGUGGAUGAGCAGUCGUGGCUUCCUACCUGCCUCAAUAAAGUCUAUCUCAGCGGCAAAGCGGCUCCUCUGAACGUGGUUAAAAGCACCUUCUCCAAGUCGUCCAAGGCCCACACGCAGAAGAUGGAGAUGGUGUGGGGUGGAAGAAUGUAAAUUGGACACAGAAGGGAAGCUACAGUUGAUAGAAAUGCAGGUUCAAAGUUUAGUUUUUAGCCAGACUGACAACAUGGCAACAGACUGAACAACUCUGAAAGGGAUUGCUGUGAAAUUUUGGCAUUCAUGUCACCAGCGAGUAAAUCAAAAUGAUGCCUGUGGUCGACUUACUUUGAAUCUGGUUACACAUGAGGUUGACAUUUGUGUUUUUGUGUAAUAUCUUGGUUAGAUUUCUGUAAAUUUAUGUCUUUAUCCACACCAGGAUCACUUGUAGUGACUAGAGUAGACCUUUCAUAUUUUCACCAUUUGUUUGGUUAAUGAAAAGCACCUGCAGAACUAAUGAUCCUCAACCCAGCCUCACCUUUAUUUUGUGUUAAUUCAAUGUUAGCAUGCUAACUGCUAAGCUAAGAUGUCAAACAUGCUGUGCUAAACAUUAGACCGUCAUUGUGAGCAUAUUAGCUUGCUGAAGUUAGCAUUUAGCUGAAAACUCUGCAGUGGUAAGAUUUGUUAAUUAUUGAAAUAAAGGUAUUCCACAAUGACUUCUAUAAUUAGGUAAUAGUUGAGGUAAUAUUAAACUUAACCCAACAUUUGAUAGUUGUCAGUCUUUAAUGUGAGAAUAUGUUACUUUUGUAGAGCUAGCUGAAUAGAAACCCUAAUAAUUUGGGCAUUUGGACUGUUGGUUGUAUAAUGAUGCCGCUUGGUGCCAUAGAGUAAUAUAAUGCCAUUUUUACUACAUUGUUUUUAUAUUGCAGGGUUUUUUUGCCUCACUGAUCAAACUGUAAUAACUGACAAGAGAAUUAUUACUGGCUUGAAUGACUUACAAUUGUAUAUUCAGCAAUAAAUUGCAAUGCAGAGGCAUCCCUUUUAAAUUACUCCACUCCUUUUGCACUGGAAGUGAGGUGACUUUUGAUAUCCAUUCAUAGCACAGUCUAGAUUUUGUAUAUGGCCUGUUUCCUCUGGAAAGUAAACAAAAGCUCUUCAACAAUGA